AUGUCUUUUAACAAGCCAACCUUGAAGACAUCAGUGGCAGAGACCUCAUCGUCUUCGAAAACUGCUCCCGCAUCCAUUCCACCUGCAAGACCAUUGCGAACGCUGCGUGAAAAAUUACUAAAAAAGACUACGGAAAUCGACAGGUUGACGCCGCCACCCCAAAGCGUUAAUCCAUCAGAUCCGGAUGAUACCACCACCGCUGCAUCAAUGACAGCAAAGUCCUUCCCAGAAAUCACUGCCCCACGGUCGAAUUACUCUGCAAGGAGCAACAUCUCCGCUCACUCGAUACAACCGGAUCCAACCAACUCAGCGUAUCAGAUAGUCGCGAGCUGGAGACAGGAGGACAUUCCUCCGAGAUCCAUUGUGUCAGAUGAUGACCCAUCCUUUCCGGGGUCGCCGGUAUCUGAAGUAGGUAGACCAAGCCUACUUAUAAAUUCUGGCAAGCGACUGGGGGUAGAGAUGGUUAUGGCGACCAGAGAGGCCAAUGAAAUGCUGCUGCGAGACUCUAGGUCACGUCACAAACAAAACCUAGAGAGGGAGCGCUCUCGAAACGCUCAGGAACUAGUGCGCGUAGAGCGAGCCCACAACAAACUGGUGACGGGGCUUAUUAAAGAUCUGGCCUCGGAACUCGUCCAUGCCAGGACAGACAUCAAAACUAAUCUACAGGAGACCAGGGAUGUAAGGAGUUGGCUGGAAUAUGAAACGAGGGUACCCUUUCAAAAGGCCACAGAAGCACAAAAGGCUGCGGGACGCAGAAAAGAGGCUAGAGGAAAUCCA